AUGGCAACGGAUGAAACUACGCCGCUGCUCCCCGGCCGCAGGGCCUCGGACUCGGUCAGCCAGAAAAAGAGCUUCGGAGAGUCGCUGAGAAGCUUCUUCACCAGUGUCGAGAACCGUAUCUUGGCAGCUGGAUUCUUUAUCUGCGUCGCGUUUAGCUUCACUCAAGUUCCGCUCAUGUAUGUCUUCCAUCUUAUGGUAUGCGACGAGUUCUACGACCAUCACGCACCGUUUGAGGGUCCCGGCCAGCGGUGCAGUCGCGACGAAAUCGCGGCCGGAACGGCUACUCAAUUCAGUAUCCUGGGCAUGAGUACGACGCUGUGCGGGACACUCAAUCUAUUCAUUGCAGGAUGGACAGUCAAAAAGAUUGGCCCUCGCUCCGCUCUAAUGAUCCAGACCCUCGUGCCCGCCAUCCGAGUCCUUGCGCAAAUCUUCGGGGUCAUUGCCGGCAAGCGAACAGGCAUCUUGAUCAUUCAGUCUACUCAGCUCAUCACCAUCAUCGGCGGGCCGGCGGGAUACAUUCUCAUCACUAACAUCUUUGUGAGCGAGACUGUUGAGCCGUCUCGACGAACAGCCGUCUUUGGGAAGCUGCAGGGAAGCAUCAUGCUGGGACAGAGCGUCGGCUACCUGGUCGGCGGGAUGCUUGGGGAUGCAAUCGAUAUCCGUGCCCCCUUUGACGUUGCCUUUGUCACUUUUCUCCUCUCCUGUACUUAUGUGCAUUUCGCUCUUCCCUACAUCUCACCAGAAUCCAUGAGCAACAAGAAGAAGCCCGGACCGCAAGGCAUUGCAAGCUUUUUCGCCCCUCUUAAAAUUCUCGUGCCACAGCGUUUACGCACGCCCAAGGGCAGCACCAAGAAACAUUAUGGCGUUCUCAUCCUUUGUGCCGGCAUCUUUCUCGGAGUGCUGGCGACCGACUACGCCCCCCUAUUGAUGCAAAUGUAUGCCACCGCGGCUUUCGACUUUGACCAGGCAGACAACGGAUGGCUCAUGUUCGAGUUCGCCUUCAUGCGAAGCGUAUUCCUCAUCUUCCUGUUCCCACGCAUCAUCAACUUCGGCCGCUACCUGAUGAAGCGUAAUUCCAGCCCAUCACCAGCAGACAGUGAUGCCUCAUCCAUCUUCCCAGCGGAUGACGAAAUGCCAACUGAACCUGGCGACUUCGAUGCUGCUACUGGCGAGCAGGCGGAUCUCGAGCCUACGAAAGCCGUUCCUAUGGGGCGUUCUCACGAAGUCGGCCACUUUGAUCUCAUCUUCCUGCGUUACAGUCUUGUCGUCGACGGAGCGCUCACCACUGUCGUCGCAUUUGCUACCAAACGAUGGCACAUUUAUCUUGCCGCCUUCCUCCUCCCCUUCGGGUCGGGCUCUGCACCAGCAGCCAAAGGCGUCAUCACAGACAUGUGUUCAGAAUCGCAUCGCGCAGAUGCCCUCAACGCCGUGACGCUCGUCGAGAACAUCGCUCGACUAACCACGCAGGGACUGUUCGGGUUUGUCUUCUCCAGCCUGGCGAGUGUGGGCAAAGCGUAUGCGACAUUCUACUGCAAUGCUGCAAUCGCAGUAGUCGGAAUGACAGUGCUGCUGUUCUCCAAUUUCCCUCCCGCUGGGAGCACGUUGAUAGACGAAGAAAACGAAGAAAGCGAAGAAGCGAAUGACAACUAA